AUGUCGGCGGCGGAACGAACAUUGAUAGCGCUCAUUGCGGAUGAGGACUCGACAACAGGUCUCCUCCUCGCCGGAAUCGGCAACGUCGACGAAAAGGGCGAGAAGAACUUCCUCAUCGUCGACUCGAAAACCUCCGUCUCCGACAUCGAAUCCUCCUUCAAUCACUUCACCACCGAACGCAAGGACAUCGCCAUCCUGCUGAUCAACCAACACAUCGCGGAAAAGAUCAGACCCAUGGUGGACAGGUACACACAAGCUUUCCCCGCCUUGCUGGAGAUCCCCGCGAAGGAUCACCCGUACGACCCGUCGAAGGAUAGCGUACUGAAGCGGGUGCAGAAGCUGUUUGGAGAGUAA